AUGGCAAGAGUCAUCAAAAAUAUCUCCUUCCUGUCCCUCAUUGUCAUCCUACUAGCUUGUUUAGACGUUAUCGAGGGAUAUCUUACAACGACUACGGAAUCAUCAUCAAGCAGUUAUACAACACCCUACUCAACCACAACUACAAGCAGUCCUUCCCCUGAAUCAAGUCAAACAACAUCUACAUCAGCAUCAUCGUGCAGUUAUACCACACCCUACUCAACCACAACUACAAGCAGUCCUUCCCCUGAAUCAAGUCAAACAACAUCUACAUCAACACCAUCAAGCAGUUAUACCACACCCUACUCAACCACAACUACAAGCAGUCCUUCCCCUGAAUCAAGUCAAACAACAUCUACAUCAACACCAUCAAGCAGUUAUACCACACCCUACUCAACCACAACUACCAGCAGUACUUCCCCUGAAUCAAGUCAAACAACAUCUACAUCAACACCAUCAAGCAGUUAUACCACACCCUACUCAACCACAACUACAAGCAGUCCUUCCCCUGAAUCAAGUCAAACAACAUCUACAUCAACAUCAUCAAGCAGUUAUACCACACCCUACUCAACCAAAACUACAAGCAGUCCUUCCCCUGAAUCAAGUCAAACAACAUCUACAUCAACACCAUCAAGCAGUUAUACCACACCCUACUCAACCACAACUACAAGCAGUCCUUCCCCUGAAUCAAGUCAAACAACAUCUACAUCAGCACCAUCAAGCAGUUAUACCACACCCUACUCAACCACAACUACAAGCAGUCCUUCCCCUGAAUCAAGUCAAACAAUAAGUCCAGGUUUUCUUACAGUUUAUAUCUUGAAUUUCCUGAAAGAAUGCAUGAUGAAUUGA